CAGGCUGUUGGCCCUUUCAUCACUUGUGUGGGCCUCGUAUGGAUCUCCCGUCGACCAGCAUGCCACGCCGGAAACAAUGGCGUUGUACAACAGCAUGUUGAAGCUGGCCCGUAGUCCUGACAAGGUCAUGUUUGGACACCAUGAAGACACACUGACCGGUAUAUCUCCUGGUCGCCAUAACUACCAGGUUACCAAGUACGCACAUGCCUGGAAACCAUUUUGGAAAUUUACGACUUCACAAGUAGAUCGUGGUGAUGAGGACGAGUUAUCAGACAUACGAAGUGUAACUGGGGAGUAUCCUGCUAUCGUGGGCUUCGAUUUCAAAAACUUCGACGCCGACGAAAUGAAAGUUGUGACCUACCUGGUGAAGAAAGCCCACGCCAGAGGUCAGGUUAUUACCGUCUGUCAGCACAACAACAACCCAGUGUCUGGGGGAUCCUUCAGACUAAGCUGGGACAACGGCACUGUGAUCCACACACUCAGACGCUCACUGCCCGGUGGGGAUGCCCAUGCUAAUUACAAGGCCAACUUGGACAAAAUCGCUUCCUGGGCCAACACCCUGAAGGACGCUAAUGGGAAGUCCAUCCCCAUCAUCUACCGACUGUUCCACGAGAUGGACGGUGAUUGGUUCUGGUGGGGCAUGAACAACAGGUGCCACAACACACCCAAGGAUGUACGAGAUAUUUUGAAAUACACCGUUUCCUACCUCAGGGACGUUAAGGGGGUCCAUAACUUCCUGUACAACUUUGCCAUCGACUGCUAUUCGACGACAGACAAUUUUCACAAGCUGUACCCUGGGGAUGACUACAUUGACAUCAUUGCUGUCGACUACUACUACAAAUUUACCCCGACCACAACAAAGGAAGCCUUGAAGACCAAUCUUGCAAACCUUGUAGACAUAGCCGAAACAAGAGGAAAGAUUCCAGCUAUAGCAGAGGCAGGUAUGUUCGAUGAUGGAAUCUACAACCAUACAAAUUUCUGGACUGACAAUUUCUUAACUAUAAUGAAGACCGAUCCCAAGUUUCGUCGCAUCCUGUACAUCUUAGGGUGGCAUAACAUUUGCUGGUCAAACGCUAUAUGCGAAUACUGGGUCCCUUUCAAAGGAUUCAGUGGUGCCAGUCAGUUCCACGAUACAUUCUACAAAGAUCCUGUAAUGGUAUUUGAAAAGGAAAUACGUGGUAUGAAUGUUUAUGGUUGA